GUUUUAACAUACUCGUUACUUACUUGUAUGUAUGUGCAGAUAAUCUAUGAAAACGUCGAAUUUUGUAUUAAUUCAAAGCAAUACAUACGGUAUACAUACUAGAGAAGUUUCUACUCUUAAGAUUAUGUAUAGCUGUGAGCACUGAGUGUUAUUGUACUAUAAACUAAACUACAAAUACCAAACCAGGAAGUAAACUUAUGUACAUGCAUGUUGUCUGUACAGUCGACAAGAAAAAGUCAGUGAUCACUGCUGAUCUUGUACUACGAUUCUAUUGGAAUACUGUGGCACUUUGUAUUGCCUGCAGAAGCUCUGGAUGAAAAGUAAAGUCCCUUUUUUCUGUUCUCAGUAGAUGAGACUUUCUCUUCGCUCCUUGUCUCUUGUCUUGAGGAGCUUCUCUGAUAGACUCUCUGCUGUCUCAGAAAAGCAAAUAGAUUCUGUUGCUGUGAUGCGAUUGGUGCAAUUCUGCCGCCAAGGAGAUGAUGGAAGGAUCAGGGUUGGCGUUGAGCAGGGUGAAGGGCUAGGGGUCAUUGACCUUAAGGCCUAUGACUCUUCAAUGCCAACAACAAUGAAAGAGCUGCUGGAGAUGGGACCAAGGGGCAUGCAGUGUGCACAGAGGGCGCUUGACGCUAGUCCUGCUAAGUGUGUGGUCCCCAGUGCGGAAGUGAGACUGCUCUCCCCAGUCCUGGCCCCAGAAAAGGUGGUGUGUGUGGGAAUGAACUACCGGGACCACUGCCUGGAGCAGAAUGCCCCUAUCCCCGAAGAACCAAUUAUUUUCAGCAAGUUCCCCAGUGCUAUCACUGGGCCCUUUGAUGACAUCAUACUACCCAAUGAGAGCCAGGAAGUGGACUGGGAGGUAGAGCUAGCCUUUGUGAUUGGACGAAAGGGGAAGCAUAUUAAGGAAGAGGAUGCUAUGUCGUACGUGGCAGGUUUCACAGUGGCCAAUGAUGUCAGUGCACGGGAUUGGCAGUUGAAACGCAAUGGGAAUCAGUGGCUUCUGGGAAAAACAUUUGACAGUUUUUGUCCUCUUGGCCCCGCCUUAGUGACCACCUCUGCUGUGAAGGAUCCCCAUAAUCUGGGUAUCCGCUGUCUGGUGAAUGGAGUAGCUGUCCAAAACAGCAACACUAACCAGCUAAUCUUUAAGACUGAGCAAGUGGUGGCCUGGGUUUCACAGUUCAUGACAUUGUCUCCAGGUGAUGUGUUUCUAACAGGGACUCCUCCAGGUGUGGGUGUGUUCAGGAACCCACCAGUCUUCCUUAAGAAAGGAGAUGUGGUAGAGUGUCAGAUAGACCAGGUGGGGGUCAUACGCAACAAUGUUGUCUAACCUUUGAAUUCUGAAGCUGCCUGCCCAUUGGUCAGCUCUUCAAUCAACCAAUCAUUAUAACUGAUUAAUUCAACCUUCCUUGGACAGAAGUGCCAUUAUUGUACUCCACUGUAAAUGGGGUUAUAGAUUUAAUUUGUAUUUAAAAAACUGUUUACACAGGCAGUGUCAUCUUGCUGAAAUAUUAGCGAAAGCUCUGAAAAAUCAAUUAAACUACUGUCACAGCCAAAUAAAGGUUAUUUGAAAAUUGUCACUACAAAUGUUGCAUAUAUUUUGUGGAAUCAGGGUGAUUAUUAAAAAUAUAAAAUUGAAAA